AGGAAAAUUAUCUCCAAGACUCCCUCCCUUCCACCGUGAAACUGAAAACCAUCUCUAGAUUGGGGUCUCACGAACCAAAGCAUACACGUCUUUUCGAUUUGCAGGUCGGCCGGCGUCUCAAUUCCGUCUUUCUCAGUUUCCGGCGCCGGUGUGCCAUUUCUGUAAUCGUAGAAAAAUAUAUACACACACACAAAUUUCAUACGAUGCGAGAAACCCUAGCGUCAACGUCGUCUUCGUCGUCGUCGACCAAUGUUAUUCCACCGGCUGAAUCAGCUUGGGUUAAUACAUACGAAAGAUUAUCACCUCGUUGGCAAUCCGUCGCCCUUCCUCCUCAGUCUGCAAUUCCAAUUGUGAUAUCCAGAGUUAACCAGGUCGAUGCUGGGAGGCUUGAUGUUGAAAUGUCAGCCAUGUUGAAAGAGCAAUUGGUUAAGGUUUUCUCUGUAAUGAAGCCAGGAUUGUUAUUUCAGUACGAAGCUGAACUUGAUGCUUUCCUCGAGUUUCUCAUCUGGAGGUUUUCCAUUUGGGUUGAUAAACCUACUCCUGGAAAUGCUCUCAUGAAUCUGCGAUAUAGAGAUGAACGUGCUGUGGAAACGAGAGGAAAGAUUAGAACAGGCUUGGAGGGACCUGGGCUCACCAUUGCUCAGAAAUUAUGGUAUUGUAUUGCUACAGUUGGUGGCCAGUAUAUCUGGACUCGUCUACAGUCUUUUUCUGCCUUUCGUCGUUGGGGUGAAUCGGAACAGAGGUCUGUGGCUAAUCGAGCUUGGUUUAUAAUACAACGUAUUGAAGGAUUUUAUAAAGCUGCAUCUUUCACCAAUUUGCUUAUAUUUCUUUACACUGGGAGGUACAGGAAUCUUAUUGAGCGAGCUCUACGAGCCAGACUCGUUUAUGGGAGCCCUCAUAUGAACCGUGCUGUUAGCUUCGAAUACAUGAAUCGUCAGUUAGUCUGGAAUGAAUUCUCGGAAAUGUUGCUGCUACUGCUUCCUAUUCUGAAUUCGUCUUCCAUCAAGAGUCUUUUUCGUCCAUUUUCCAAGGAUAAGUCUUCAGGUUCUGCCGGGGAUGAAACACUGUGCCCAAUCUGUCAGGCCAAUCCAACGAUCGCAUAUGUAGCUCUUCCUUGCCAGCAUAGGUAUUGUUAUUACUGUCUUAGAACACGAUGUGCUUCAACUACAUCGUUCCGGUGCUCGAGAUGUAACGAAGCGGUUGUUGCUAUGCAACAACAGAGUUCCAUCAACACCUAAUGAACAUAGUCCAAGGAGGUUCAUCUACAGAUUUGUUAGAACAAACAACAAAGAGAAAGAAUCAAGGAAUUAAUGUCCCCUUGAGAAAGCAAAUAUAAUUUGCUACAUUCAGUGUGCACAUUCUUUACAUAAUGGACAAUUAAGUUCAAUGAUAGCUAGUAUUUGCUCUAUAUAAAUAUUACACCUUUUGUCUAAAAAUAAGCUAUUUUAGUUUGUU